UUGUGACGUCUUUGAUGUUUUUGCAAUAGCUAUAUUGUACGUCAAAAGCUAAGAUGUCAGUUUUCCGACAACCACCAUGGACACCAGAUCGUACACGGAUUUUUCCAUCACUUUUGCGACAUAUAUAACAAAGUACACAGGGAUAUGGGUGCCACGAAAUCCGGCAGAAGAACUGCAAAGGAAGAUAUCAAUGACGUAUACGGCCUUCGUACUUCUGUAUGGGAUAUACGUGAACGCAGUAGAUAUUUACUACUCAUGGGGCGAUGCAACUCACUGUACGUUUGUGAUACUCAACACGACCUGUAUCAGUAUGACAACAGUUAAGAUGAUCAUCCUAAACUCUAAAAGAGCUGGUUUCAUCGACGCCCUUUUCUAUGCGCAACGACACUUUUGGCAUGAAAACUAUAAUUCCAAGGAACGACUUAUUUUUUCCAUAUCUGUGAAAUACUGUAUAGGGUAUGUGAUCUUUGCAGCCGCUUCUCUUCAAAUUGCUUUAUCCGGAUACGUGAUCACACCUCUUAUUGAAAACCUUGAACGAAAUAAAUCGAACAGGGUACUUCCAGUCAAUAUGUGGGUCGACUUGCCAUUAUAUGAGACACCGUAUUUCGAACUAAUGUUUACUUUCCAGGCAAAUACGAGUGCUUCUAUGCGAAUCAUUUUCUUGUUUCACGCAAUUGGAAGCCUGGGUCAGCUGUUUAUGCUUACGUACACUAGUCAUUUUAUGAUGGAGGAAAGCACGAAUAUUAUUACCGCGAUGUAUUUAGGAUCUUGGAGCACAUUGCCAAUGAAUGAAGUUGGCAAAUCAUUUCGAUCGGCUAUGAAAUUCGUUAUGAUUAGAUCAUUAAAACCGUGCUAUCUGACUGCUGCCGGAUUUUUCCCUCUGACUUUGGAAACUUUUACCUCGCUUUUAAGUUCUACAUUCUCUUACUUUACUUUGAUGAGGCAAUCGUUCAUGAGAUCCGAUGGAUAAUAAUAUAAGAAAUAACUUAAUAUGCAUUAAAUGCGAUGUAAGAAACAUACAAAUCUGUCGAAAUAUAAUAUGUGAAUAGUUUUCAAUGUGUAAAAAAUAUCGCGAUUAUUGUACAUUUUGCAUUUUUGUGUAGAGCAAAAUAUAUUAUGCUCGAUAUGAAUAGCAUGAAAUACUUUUUCUCCUGCUGUGAUAUCAAAAAAUAAUGGUCCUGCCUCCUCGUGUAAAAAUCUUGAUCUCCCUAUUAUUUGUAAUUAAAAAGCAACUUCCAUACAUUGAAACCUUUCCAGCAAGUAUGUAUCCUGUUAU